CGUUUUGUUGUGAUUUGGUGUUUUGGAAAAAUCCACUGUUUGUUUUCUUGCGCAUUUUCUGGGGGUUUUUCAAUAGUUUUCCGGGGGAUUUUCUUCAAAUUGAAACUACGGGAAAAUCAACAUCAAUUGAAUAUUAGUGUGUGUCCCUCGUCAAGUGAAAUGUCCGACCUAAGGGUGGUUGAUGAGGGUGCUGUUGAGGCUGGUGCUGCUGCGGAAUCUCCUGGGAGGGAGAUUGUGGUGUCGCCGGAGGAGGCGCUUUCGGUGCGAGAGGAAAGUAAAGUGGAGGCAAAUGAGGGUGCUGGCUCAGCACAACUUGGUGGUAGUUGCGAGGAGUUUGUGGGACAAAAGGGCGAGUCAUUGAGCGCGGAGGGAGGGGGUGUAUUGAGUGAAUCGGCGGAUUUGGGUGCGAAGAAGACAAUGAAUGAGGAGUACGCCAAGCACGUUGUGAGGGAUGAAAGUGGGGCAGCAAUUUACGUGGAUCCCAGCACAAAGUUGAAAUAUCGCUGGGACGAGGGGGCAAAUGAGUGGGUGCUGCAGCAACAUGAGGAGGAGGCAUCGACCCAGCCGGGGAAUCCCUACGAGACGGAGCACUAUCGGUGGUGCACGGAGAAGGGGGAGUGGGUGCUCAAGGAGGAGAAGCUCGAGAAUGAAUACUACACGUGGUCGAGUGAACGGGGUGAGUGGGUGCCGAAGGAGGGUGUGAGUGCCGCGGGGAAGUCGUAUGUGGAUAAGGAUGGGGUGCGAUAUGCCUGGGAUGCGGAAAAGAGUGCCUGGUUCCCGGCAAUCGAUGAGGAUUUUAUGGCGCACUACCAGAUGAAUUAUGGAUUUGUGGCAAAUACUGCCGAUGAGCCGAAAGGGGCUGCUGUGGACCCACCCCCACCACCAGCUCCUGCGGCAGCACCAUCAGCCCCUGUGGCAGAGGAGACGGGUGACCCAAAGGCGGGGAUUAAGAGAAAGGCACCGCAACAACCACCAAAGUGGUUUGAUUUACCACCAGAGCACAACACCAAGGUUUAUGUGUCGAAUCUGCCGGAGGACAUCACGGAGGAGGAGUUUGUGGGUGUGAUGUCCAAGUGCGGUAUGAUUAUGCGGGACAUCCAGACGCAGAAGCUCAAAGUGAAGCUCUACGCCGAAGCAGAUGGGCAACUCAAGGGUGAUGGGCUCUGUGACUACAUCAAGGUGGAAUCUGUGGACUUGGCGCUAAAUAUUCUCGAUGGAUAUGAGAUUCGGGGGAGAAAAUUGCGCGUUGAACGAGCUGAAUUCCACAUGCGUGGCGAAUAUAAUCCCGCACUGAAGCCCAAACGCAGGAAGAAGGACAAGGAGAAGGUGAAGAAGAUGAAGGAAAAGUUGUUCGAUUGGCGCCCGGACAAGAUGCGUGGUGAGAGGGCGAGGCACGAGCGCGUGGUCACUGUUAAAAAUUUAUUCACACCCGAGACCUUCGACAAGGAAGUCCAAUUAAUUCUUGAGUAUCAGAAUGACCUACGGGAGGAGUGCAAGAAAUGCGGAACAGUGCGGAAAGUUAUCAUUUACGAUAGACAUCCCGAGGGAGUUGCACAGGUGACGAUGGCUGACCCAGAUGAGGCAGACUUGGUCGUGAAGCUCCUCCAUGGACGAUUCUUCGGUCAGAAGAAGCUCACAGCUGAAUUGUGGGAUGGAAAGACGAAGUACAAGAUUGUGGAGACGGAAGAGGAGGCAUUGGAGAGAAAGAAGAAAUGGGAUACGUAUUUGGAGCAGAAGGAGAAGCAAAAGGAAGACGAUGACAGUGAUUAAUUUGUAAUUCCCACGAAAAGUUUUAGAGGAAAUUUUCUAUAAAUUGUAACAUUUCUUU